AUGAAUGCCCAGAUCUCCUUCAUUGAGGGGCAAUUCAGCCUCAUCCACAUCCCUCUAUCCCUCUACCCCGCCUUCCUCCACCCUCUCCUACGCAUCCUCCUCCCUCAUGGCGGUCCAAGCCCUGCCUGCCCCAAUGAGCCCGAAGGGCUCCUGGAAGGGCUCUCAAUCGACAAGAAGCACGGCUUCCUCAAUAUCAGCGUAACCCCAAUCGAGUGUUCCGUGGUCUGUCAUACAUCCUGGGCUAAGAACGUCUUCGAACCUGUCAUCAAACGUCUGCCAAAAGAAUCUUCGGAACAGGUCUCCAUAUCAAAAGAUACCUACAUCGUGUUCUCCGUUAGCAGUGCGGGGAUGGAAGCAGGUCAGAGGGUGAUGGAUCUGACGGCGCCUCUCGCCAUGGCGGGAAUCCCAAUCUUUUUCAUUACCACGUACUAUACGGAUUUCAUACUCGUCCCCAGCAAAGAUCGUCAGACCGUUGGCCAGGCACUCGUGGCCCGAGGCUUCGAGUUUUCUGAAUAUGAUUCGGCAUACGUAGCCCCUAUCUCAGUCUCUCACUCGCGGGGCACGAGCUCAAGUAGCGACCCACCGUCGACACCACCACCGUCGAACGUCGCCGAGCUACAGACCCGCACCUUCACCCAGCUGAAGAAGAGAAAGGUGGUCCCGUUCGUCGAGCCCGGUCUCCAUCUCGUGCAAUGCUCAGGCAAAGAACUGAUCAACGACGAUGGGUACUCCUCCCGCCCCGGCUCCAACGGCAUCGGAGUGCACGGCCACAGCGAGAACUGCUGGCUCGACAGCAUCGACCCAAAGCUCUACGUUGGACUGAUCUCCGCCUUGGUGCAACAGCCGAAAUUCCUCUCCCUGACCCUAGCGCAGGACGACGCGCCCUCUCUGCUCGUGGACAAGUCCCUGCUCUGGCUGUUCGGGAACUCCAUCGCGGGCGACACCGAAGGCGAUCUGGUGCCCAUCUUCCUCGACCUCGUCGACCUGCCGCUUGAGAGCACGGGUAUCGUCUGUGGUGUGGCCGGGAAGCUGGUCGAUGAGAUGAGGUUCAACGAGCGGGGCGCCGCGCACGGCUCCGAGCUGUCGUACCUCUCGACCGCGCGCGCGGGAGCCGUGAUCCUGAGCUCGGAGGGCAGCGAGAUGGCGCUGCGAGCGCUGGCGCCACUGAUUGAAACGGGGUGGUGA